CUCCACUGGGACCUGGCUGGCUUCCUCACGGUGGUGAGAGAAAGUCCGUCGACGAAGGGCGGCCAAGGUGCCUGAGACGAUUUGGGAGAUAGUUCCAAUCAGUUCUGUUUUCCUCACACCGUAACAUUGCCCUAGGUAAUUCUUCUCUCACUCCAAUUGCUGCCGCCGCUUGUUGUUCCGGAGCCUCCUUGUUGUGCGGUCUGGGUUUAAGUUGUCUUGGGGCCAGCAUCGCUGCCGUGCAAUCGGAUCGGUCGAGGCAGGCAAGGGUCCUUCCCUCCGUCUUCAUUACAGUUCUAACUGGCUGACGGGUGAAUGUAUCAUCGACCCUGACUUCACUUUGACUUGACGUUCAGUUCAGCCUUACGGAGUUAGGGCCGCUGCAAAACUCCUUUUCGUCCCAUCAUCAAUCACUCGCACUACAGUACCAGCACUGCAUAUCAAGUAACGCGGAAAAGCAAGCAAGCAAGCUGCCGCAUUCUGCGGGGGAAAUUCUACGUCUAGUACCUGCAGCGAGGUCAGGUUUUAGUCUGCGCUUAUUCCCAAAACUCCACGUUUCGUUCUCCAUUCCAACUCCCCGUCGGCUCUGCAUUCCAGUGUGUCGGUCACUGCCUUCGAGAAGGGGAAAGAAGUGGGGACCCCAACAUUUGGCGGAGCAAUUCAACCCGCCUUCGUACUUGGAGAUCAGACACAGUGAGCGGUCCGCCAUCCAGGACAAACGGCGAACUGGUGACGAAGGAAGGAAGCAGUCGAGAACAAACCGAUCGGCAUCUGGAAACACGGAAAGUGAAACCUCAGCCAAGGAACUAAGAAAAGAGCUGGAGAAAAGACCAGGAGAAACAAUGGUCAAGUCGUCCUUCCCCUAGAGCGACGUCGACGACGAGGACAGAGCAAUCGGGCACUUCCUUCCCCGCCAAUCAUCAUCUUCCGGGGCGCCCAAAUCAUGGUCCGGCCCCGGCCCCGACACCGAUCCGGGUCUCGACUAGCGCCCUCACCGCCAAGCACGUCCGAAACAUGGCCGCCAUCCCGGCAACCGACGACAACACCACAUACCGGGCAUCGACGACACCGGAUUCCACUCACCACAUCCUUCUGCUUGGCCGCCCUGGCAGCAGCAGCAGCAGCAGCAGCAACGCCAGUGGCCGCCAUCACGCUUCCCUACACGCCCACUACCAUUUUGCUUUCCGGAUCUCAGUCGCUUCUCUCCACUAACUCGGCCAAUCACGGACUCGCAUACAUCUUCACCCCUAAUGCGGACAACAACGGCGUUGACUUGCUCGCCGUCAACACCUCUUCGACUCUGGAUGCCGAUUCCUUCAAGCCGACAACACUAACCUCUGGCCUACCCUUCGUUACCAAGUCGAAGACGGGCGGGUUUGCGCCAACGUUAUUGGAGAAUGGCACUUUGGCAGUGUUGGCAGGUGACUGUGCCGCUGGAGACGGGGAUGCUACUCCCGCGGUAUGGAGUUACACUCCCUCCUUCGAGGGAGACGGUGACGCAAAAGGCGACUGGACAAAGUACAGUACCCAGCAGAACCCCAAGAGCAGUAUAGGGACAGGACCAGGAAUCCCUUGCCUCCUCGGCUCUUCGCUCUCCUUCUCAUCACAGAUCUACCCCACCCUUUCUGAUCCCGUCAUCUACAUCUACGGCGGCAUGUGCCCCUUUUCCAACUCCACAGCGUCGACGUGGCAGGCAUCAGCGCACUACUCGAACCGUAUGCUCAAGAUCUCUUCUCGUUCUUCAGACUCCUCUGUAACGACGCCCUCAGACAAUCCACCUCCCGGGGGCGGCGACGAAAAUGACAUUAUUGAACCAGAAAAUAACAGCAAUGGAACCGGCUUCACAAUCUCCAACCCUCAACUGGGCGGCCCUCCUAUCCCGGAAGCAGGCUUCACUUUUACCGCCUUGACGCCAAGUAUCACGAACCGAUCCGGCAUCGUAACCCAGCAGACCUCUCAUGUGCUGCUGGGCGGACACACGCAGCAUGCCUUUGUCAACAUGAGUACCGCGGCUAUCUGGAGUCUGCCGGAAGAGACGUGGAGCUACGUGUCGAUUAGUCCACCUACAGAAGAAACAGCCGAGCCGUCCGUGACGACUGUGGAUAGCAGGUCAGGGCACACGACCGUGUUGAGUGAGGAUGGAGACAGCUUGGUCAUUCUAGGAGGCUGGGUAGGCGAUGUGUCUCAACCGGCGGAGCCACAGCUUGUGGUAAUCAAGAUCGGGGCAAGUUAUGAUGAUUGGCGGUGGGAGAUUCCCCAAGACGAUCGAAUACAGAUAUUCGGAGAAGGAGAGGGACUCUAUGGUCACGGUGCUGUGGUCCUGCCAGGGAACGUAAUGAUGGUCUACGGAGGGUGGGCAAUCAAUCCACCAAAGGCGGCUUCUUCCAAGGCAAAGGCCAAGAGAUGGCUCAAGUCCUUGAUAGGUAUCACCGAUGGCAGCAACCUCGAGAAACGACAGUCGACUACUGUCACGAACACUCCGAGAUUCUUCAACAUAACGUCUCAGUCCUGGUCGGCAGCCUAUACUAACCCGCGACUUAAUUCGAAUGGCAAUCCAACCGUCGAUAUCCCUCCUACCACCAGCGAUCCACCUGCUUCUAACAAGGUCGGCCAGAAUCUCGGUCUUACACUUGGAUUGGCUCUCGGUCUCGGAGUUCCACUCGUGGCUAUCAUCUUCGCAGUUCUUUUCUUCCUAUGGCGCCGACGACAACGCCGCCGGGCUCAGCGCGACCGAGCUCUUCGCAGCUUGUCCAAGGGCAUGACCCCUAGUAUCUACGGCACAGGGUUUGGGGGUACCAUCAGGCAUAACAUUCAUGACUGGGGCGAGAAUCCAUCCAGUUACACCAGUUACGACAAUGAUUUGGCCGAGCAAGGAAGCAGCGGAUUCGGCUUCCAGUUCCCCUGGAACACCAACAGCGACUCGAAUGGGCAGGGCACCCGGUAUCUGAGUGGUGGGUAUCAAGUUGUUGGCCAACCAGAUCUUUACCAGCCAUCCGGCCCGCCGGCUGCUAAUAGCACCGGAUCCGGAGUCGGCAGGUUACGCAACGCGAGGGGCCUCUAUAUCCCUACUCAUGGUAUGGAUUUCGCGCCGCUGCCGGGAAGAGAGGACGUGAAUCCUAAUGGGAUCCACCCUAUCUACGAGGAAGCAGAAGAAGACGACGAAUACAACGAGAAAGACGGAAGAGAUCUAGGGGCGUCCGGGCGGCUGAUCAGCCCCGAAUAUGACGACGAUCCAUUCAUUACUCCGGCCGGAAGCAUCCUACGGGCUGGAGCCGUGGCCAGCACGCCAUAUGCGCCAACUAGCAGUGAGAGCGGAAGCGGAGGGAGUUUGAACGACGAAAAGUCAAGCCCCGGCUUACCACCGCCUGAGGUCAUAUCCUUCUCUCCAAAGCAGGGGCAAUCUCAAGACCCGGAAGUCCGGGGCUGGAAGACUGAUGUGGACGUGGCGGACGCCGUUCUGGCCGCCAAAAUCAGCCGGCAUGGAUCCGUGACCACCACUCACCGGGCAGCUACCGCUGCUUCGCUCGAGGCUGCCACGCACCAGCCCCUAUCACCUACUAGUACAACAACGCGUGUGGUAACAUCACCGGCCCGCCGAGCAUCCAACAAGUCUACCAAGUCUAGGGCCUCCAACCCAUUGAGUAAGAGCAUGGUGGAUAUUUCGGACGACGCCCGCGCAGGCAGCGACCAUCGCACUGGAAGCAACCUUUCCGACCGCAGCGCAUUCAGUUUCAUUUCGGGCGGAGAGCAUCAACAGGCGCCCCCACUCUCCCCUGCCCAUCAUCAGCAUUCAGCGGCUGCAGCAGGAGAUAUUCCCAAGCCAAGAAGUUCCGGCAGCGGCGAGUCUGGCAACAGCGGCGGCAGCAACCACUCCCUCGUAGCCCCCUCCGCUUCUAGUGGAUCCCACUCCGGUUCGACAGCCUUCGCAUCCGCCAAAUCCAAUCUUCCCACGCCAACUCCCAACUUCAACUCCCUACAGGCUGAAGGCGCUGACCUUCUGUUUCCUAUGUCCGGGUCAGGCAACAACGAGCAGCCGAGUGCGGAAGAGGGCGGGGAACGUGAAGAGUCCGAAGAGGAUUGGGAACCUAUCCCUAGUUCGCCAUCCAAAACUCGUCGAAACUCCCGUCUCGACUCCCGUCCGCGCAGCUGGCUGGGCAGCCUUAAGCGGAUGCUCAGCGUCAACGGAGGGUCGGGCGGGUCAGGCAGCUCCGGUGGCGAUGAUAGUCCGACCAAGGAGAGCUUGUUGCAUAGUAACGAAGCUAGUGGUUUUGAUCACCCUCACCUCUCUUUGAUCGGUUUCAAUCCCGGCGCCUUGGGCUUGGGGCUGGUGAGGAGGAAGCAGGGCCGUGAGGCCUGGGAUAUCAAUGGAGAGAAGUCAUCGGCUGGUCAAGCCGCUGGAGGGGAGCAUAAUGACACCGAGAGGGAUGGAGGCCAGGGUGAUGAGUGGGAUGUGGAGAAGGCGGUCGAGCAGCGGUUGGUGCAGGUGAUGUUUACUGUGCCCAAAGAGCGCCUGAGGGUGGUUAACGCGGAGAUUGAGCGGGAGGAGUCCAUCAUUCUGUGUGAUGUCAAUGAGGGAGGCAGCAGAAGUAGUAGAAGCGGAACCCCCAGCAACGUUGAUAAGGGGAAGGGGAAGGAACGGGCCGGGGGACAGACACCGGAUACCAUCGAAAUCAUUGCCGGUGAGAGUACGAGGAAGAUAUCCGGCGGUAGUCAGCAGCAGUCAGAGCACGAGCUUCAGUCGGAGACAAACUCGAUGCGAACGCCUGCGUCAGAAGUCCCCGGUCAGGACCAUCCUCAGAUCUAUCUUGACUCAAAUGGGAGCCUUACCCGCAAACGGGUCCCCUCGCCGUUCCCUCUGCUGGAUUUAGCCCUUCCAUCUCCACUCACCCUUUCCCUCUCGCAUCCUACCUCGCCAUCACUCUCCCCCCAACUGUCAGAAUUUACUCAACGACAGCCUCAGCAGCAGUCGUCAGACUUCUCAUUCCUCCAACCUCCUUCUCCAACCAAAUCCCGCACCGCCAUCCGCAGUCAACCAAGCACACUGGGUCUCAACCCCACAACACCCUCGUCCGAGGGAUUCGGCUUAACACCAUCAGGAGAAAACCAUAUUCAAAUCACCCCUUUACCCUCGCCCUCUCCCGAGAAAACCUAUGACCGUGGUCACACCCACCGCAGAUCCUACGUCCCCUCCAUCCGCUCAACCUACAGCGUGCACUCCCUCCGGAGCGUAGCAAGCGGUGUAUCCGACACCGGCACCGCGACGCUACACGUGGCCGAGGCGGUCAAGAUGGAGAAGGUUGCGCUGCCUUCGGUGUCGGAGGUGCGGACUUCUGCUGAGGCGUUGGCUGAGCUGCAGCAGCAGCAGCAGCAACAACAACAACAAGAACAAGAACAACCACACGAGUCGUCGUCGUCGUCGUCACUCGAUUUGGAGUUGCUUCAUUCGCAGUCGCAGCAGGCAAUGCAACCUCCACCGCCGCGUCCGUCUCCCUCUCCUGGCCCGGGUGGGCUACCCAAAAGGACGAGAACGAGGGUGUUGGACCUGGUGGAAAAGUUUGAGAGUGUUGGUUCAGCAGGGAGCCGGUCGUCGAGUCCGGCGCCGUCGGCGUCGGUGGUGAAUGAAAAUAUUGGUAGUCGUCAUGGCAGUGUCAGCGGACGGCCGGGGCUAGCGAGGAGACAGACUGGGAGCUAGGUAAUUACCAGUCGGUUCUCUUAUGGUUAAUGUGUACGACGAAUUGCAAGAUGGUUUCCCCGUUUUGUCAGCUGGGAUUGUUCUUUUUGGGUUUCCAUGGAUUGGCUGGGUUACGGGGUGGUAUGGGUGGUUUACCUAGGCACUUACUGGGUACGGACCAUCCUUUUACCUACGUAUCUAUCUGCAUUACUAAAGGAAGGGGAGUUCAUGUAUCUUGUUAGGGGUUUUGUGUUGUUGUUUUUCUGUGUAAGGAUCAAAGAGACAACGGUUGUCCGUCAUCAAUGUAAUAGAAAGUGAAAUGUCAUAACCCAUAGGGACGAAGUGUGUACGUUGAUUGGACAGUGGGCGAGCGCGCGCAUCGUCACAUUCCAUGUUGUCGUGUAGUGGAUUGGGUAGGGUAGAGUGGUAUGUAC